UGAUGUACCAACCGGUAACGGCUGCUACAGAGUUUAAAUCCGAGCCGCGGUGGCGGCUCCUCGCCGAGCUCCGGGAGCUGGGUGGUGGUGCCCCACUCUCAGAGAGGGUGAUGGAGUGCCCAGUGAUGGAAACUGGCUCACUUUUUACCACAGGGAUUAAGAGACAUGUGAAAGACAAAAGAAUUUCAAAGACUGCUAAGUUGAAUGUUUCUCUUGCUUCAAAAAUCAAAACAAAAAUAAUAAACAAUUCUUCUAUUUUCAAAAUCUCUUUAAAGCACAACAACAGGGCAUUAGCUCAGGCUCUUAGUAGAGAAAAAGAGAAUUCUCGAAGAAUUGCAACUGAAAAAAUGCUAUUGCAAAAAGAAGUAGAGAAACUGAAUUUUGAGAACACAUUUCUUCGCAUGAAGCUAAAUAACUUGAAUAAGAAGCUUUUAGAAAUAGAAGCUCUCAUGAACAAUAAUUUGAUAACUGCAAUUGAAAUGAGCAGUCUUUCUGAGUUCCAUCAGAGUUCCUUUCUACUGUCAGCUAGCAAGAAGAAACGGAUUAGUAAACAGUGCAAGUUGAUGCGUCUUCCAUUUGCAAGGGUUCCAUUAACUUCAAAUGAUGAUGAUGAUGAUGAUGAUGAUGACAAAGAGAAAGCGCAGUGUGACAACAAUAUUAAAUCAAAGACAUCACCUGAUAUUCCCUCUUCGGUAUCAACAAGACAACCUUUAUCAACUCAAUGUAAUUUGGAAGUGUCAUUUCUUAAAGAAAAUAAUCAGAAUGUUUGUGGUUUAGAUGAUUCAGAACAUAUUUCUUCUGUUGUUGAUGUACUUCCCAAAGAAAGCCAUUAUCACUCAGAUCGAAGUUCCAAGAGUUCUCUAAUGAGUGAGAUGAGAAAUGCCUCACCUAUAGGCCACAGAUGGGAACCAUCUCCUAGUAACGUGACUGAAAGAAAGAAGCGUGGGUCAUCUCAGGAGUCAAAUAAUCUUUCUGCAGACAUUCCCUGUGUGACAGAUUUAGAUCAACAACAGAUUUCAAGUCCAGAAUUAAAUACGAAUAAUGAGAUAAAUGAUGAUAUUAACAAAAAGAAUACUACAAUGCAAAGAAAUAAACAGUAUCUUCCUGGCUUAUCUUCUGAGUCUCCUGGUGAACCUAAUGCAGGGUACAUGAAUCAAGUUCAGGAUAAUGAUGACUUUCAAUUGCAGAAAACUGUGUAUGAUGCUGACAUGGAUUUAACUGCUAGUGAAGUAAGCAAAAUUGUGACAGUUUCAACAGGCACUAAAAAUAAAAGUAAUAAAAAAACAAAGGAGCGUGGAACAAAAACUUUCAGAAAAGUGAAAGAUUCAAGCUCUGACAAAAGGAGAGAAAGAACGAAGAGACAAUUUGAAAAUAGUUCAGAUGUGGAUAUUGAGGAAAAGAUUGAAAACGGACCAGAAAGAAGAUCUGUUGUUCUGGGUGACAAAAGGGAUUCAGAAAAUCCAGAUUUUAUUUUCAAUACCAAACAGCUGACUGAGGCUGACAUCCUGGAGAAAAUAACCCUUCAUAAUGACUUUGAACAAGAUGACAGGCAAAAUACACAGUGUAAUAAAAAGAAGAAAAGAAUACAUGUAACAAAUAAGCAAGAGGAAACAUACUUCUUCUCCCAAAGUUCAGAUAAAUUCCAGCAGGAGAGUAAAUUUGAUAUGGGUCAGAAUUCCCUAACUUGUAAUACAAGUAAAGCUUCUAGACAGACAUUUGUGAUUCAUAAAUUAGAAAGAGAUAACUUAUUCCCAAACCAAAAGGAUGAAGUAACCAUUUUUGAAAACCUAGAAGUCACAAAUGAAUUUCAAACAGCCAAUCUUUCCUCUAAAGAUAAUGGAAAUUUAUAUGAUUAUAAGACCCAGAAUAUGUUGGAUUCAAAUGAGUAUAUCACUGAUAUGCGACCUGCUGAGCAAAAUGAAUCAAAAAUAAAUAAGCUUAGGAAGAAAGUAAGUCGGAAGACAGAAAUAAUUUCUGGAAUGAACCAAAUAUAUGAGGAUAAUGAUAAAGAUGUACAUGGCCCAAGAAAAGGUAAUGUUUUCUUACGAACCCAAGAGGAUAAAGAAACUAUCUCUGAAAACCUAGAAGUUGCAAAUGAGUUUCAAAUACCUUAUGUUUUCACCAGAGAUAAUGGUGAUUGUGAGGCCCAGGAUGUAUUGGAUUUGCAAAAACAGAUCACUGAUGUAUACCCUGUUCAGCAAAAUGAAUCAAAAGUUAAUAAGAAACUUAGGCAGAAAGUAAAUCGGAAGACAGAAAUAAUUUCUGAAGUGAAUCAUUUGGAUAACAACAAAAGUGAGCAUUGUCCAGGAAAGGGUAACUCUUUCUUUCUAACCCAAAAGGACAAAGAAAUCAUCCCUGGAAACCUAGAAGACUCAAGUGAGUUUCAAACACCUGCAUUUUCUACCAAAGAUAGUGGAAACCUAUGUGGUUAUCAGACUCAGUAUGUUUUGGGGGUGAAAAAGCAUGUCCCUGAUAGGCAACCUGCUUGUCAGAAUGAUUCAAAAAUAGAUAGGAAGCUUAAACAAAAGGUAUUUCGAAAAACAGAAAUAAUUUCUGAAAUCAAUCAAAUAUAUGAGAAUGAUGACAAAGGUGUGCAUGACCGAGAAAAAGGUAACUUCUUUUCUCCAACCCAAAAAGAUAAAGAAACCGUUUCUGAAAACCUACAAGUCACAAAUGAAUUUCAAACAGCUGAUCUUCCCACCGAAGAUAAUGGAAGUUUAUGUUAUUAUGAGACCCAAAAUAUACUGGAUUCGAAAAGGCAUGUCACUGAUGUACAACCUGCUGAGCAAAAUGAAUCAAAAAUAAAUAAGAAGCUUAGGCAUAAAGUAAAUCGGAAGACAGAAAUAAUUUCUGAAAUGAACCAAAUAUGUGAGAAUAAUGAUAAAGGUAUGGAUGGCCAAGAAAGCUGUACAAGAGAUCUUGAUUUCAAAAUAAGUAAAUCUAAAGAAAGACUUGAAUGUCAAGGCAUUAUCGGUGGAUACUCUAUGGAAAUCAAUAGUAAUGAAAAGGAAAGUUGUGGGCAAAUUUCAGAUCCUUACCAACUAGUUAAAAAAUGUAAGAAAGAAUCAUCAGGCAAGGCAAAGAACAUUUUGACAAAAGGUAAGAACAAAUCUGUUUUGCAGUUAACAGAUUCUUCAGAGAUACCAACCUCCUUAGAAGCUGAUUUAAAACAUAAUACUAGUGAAGCAGAUUCUGAUCCAGGAAACCCAACUGAAAUACAUAAGACUCCAAAGCAAAGAACUACAACUCUGAAUAAAAAAAGAGAGAUCCACUUUGUGGAAGUGAUAAGAGAAGGAGAGUGCCAGGUCAAAAAAGUAAAUAAAAUGACAUCCAAAUCAAAAAAAAGGAAAGCCUCCAUAGAUCCUUCUCCAGAGAGCCAUGAAUUAAUAGUUGACACUAUUCAGGCAAAGUCAGUUGACUCUGAUCAAGCUGAUAAGGAAAACAACGUGGAGAAUGAGAAAAUGGUCAAAAGUAAGCCAGACUUUUACACAAAGAUGUUUAAAUCUUUAUCUCAGAUAUAUUCACCUUACACACAAGAUUAUUCCUUUAACAAUGUUCAGGAAGGUUCAGUACCUUCAAGUAUUUCUUCUAGUAAAAAUCUGAUAAUAAAAGAAAAUUUUGACCUGGAGUGUUCACCAAGCUUUCAAGUAAGUGAUGAUAUGCAUGAGAAGAUGAACAAGACGAAAUUUAAUGUCAACCAGAGAGAACAAAAAUCAGGAAUAGGUGAUAGACCAUUACAGGACUUGACAAAUACCAGGUUUGUUUCAAAUAACACUGCUGAACCUGAAAAUAAGUCAGAAGAUCUAUCGUCAGAGCUGCGAAGCAGAAGAAGAAAGUGUACUCCUCUCCAUUUCAAAGAGCCAAGUCUCAGAGACAAAAUGAGAAGAUGAGGCAAAUUUAUGGAUUCUGGUUUUUCUGAAUUCUCAAAGCAUAAUGAGUCAAAACAGAAACAUAACUAGGAUCAAGAAGAUGAAACUUUUGAUGAAAAGUUUGCUUUUUUUCCUCUUUGGCCUUUUCAUGGAGUGUUGAUUUGUCCAUUCUUAUGUUUAGAUAUAUGUGCAUAAAAUAGCACAUAUAUCUAAAUUUUGUAAUAUUAAACUUUAAAAUCAUUUUGGUCAUUACCUAACAUUUUCCUGGUUAUUUAAGCUUCUUUCUACCUAAUAGCCUUUAACCAAACAAUAGUUAUUAACCUUUUAACCAAAUAAACUGUGUUAAUAAAUA